AUGACACCGAAAUCGAAAAAUGAGGAGACUCGAAAACCGGAAUCUCUUCAUCCGACGCAUCAUUCCUCACCUCCUUCCUCCCAACCUCUCCCCCAGGAUCCCCCAGGACCUCCUCAACCAUCAUCACCUCCAUCCAGGGAGAAUUGUGAGUGCUGUCGGAGGUUACUUGAGCAUGCAACGCCGUAUGUGGCUUAUGUGAAUGUCAGUAAAUCGGAUGUAGUGUACGAUAGAACACUUUGUUUGUACAAAUUGGAAUCACCACCACCACCUCCUCCGACGUCUUCGACAUCUCAUACUCCAGAUUCUCAGCCUUCGUCCUCCUCGAAUCCUCCGAAUAAUAAUAACAAUCCAUAUCCUCCACCAGUGCUGCCAAAAGUCAAACGAAUAUUGGAUCGAUUUGAAGAAGCGAAAUUGUGGGAUUUGAUGGGAUUAAAUCAGCAAAUGUACAAGAAAUUGCCUGCCGAAUUAACAAAGAUCUCGCCGAAGCGAAUGGUUUUUAGGAAAUGUGCAUAUCGCCUGCACAACACCCGACACUUUGAUGUUCCGCUCAACAAAAAGUGCCGGAUGACAAAAGAAGAAAUUCUGAAGCAGAAUUACGAGGAUGAUAAGAAGUUGAUAAAGAAGAAUCAAGCAUUCAAUUGUGUCUGGAACGACUGUCCCCACGCAUUCCACGAUCCUCAAGAUAUGCGAAUCCAUUACAUGUUCGAUCAUGACUCCAUCAAAUUGUUCUGUUGUGGGACUCGCUACGAGAACUAUGAUGCUUAUCUGGAACAUUAUGUGACGACGAUGAAUGGAGAGGGACAUGCCACGUGGAUGGCCAGAGAGUGUUGGGGAUGUAAUAUUCGAUUGGUUGAUGCUGCAUCGUUCUACACACAUGCUGAAGAGUGUGAAGCACAAAUCAACCCAUUUCCAUGUCCGGAUCCGUUGUGUGGAAUACGAUUCGAAUAUUUGACUGAUGUGGUGGAUCAUUUUUAUAUUUGGCAUGAUAAAUCCGGUGCUAUUGUGUGCAAUGAAGUGGUCUACCCAACGCGUGAAUCCAUUGAGCCCGAUCUCAAAAUGCUGGAUGACGGUCAGCUGGUGAUCAAUUUUCCAUUGCGAUCUAUCUACACGUGUCACAUGUGCAAUAUCCAGUUCGCCAGUGAAAAGUACUAUCAAGAGCAUGUUAGUGUGCAUUUGAAGAACCCCCACCUUUGGCUCAUUCCAACAAUGCUCCACUGCUCCCACUGUCAUAUCAAAAACUGCCCAAGCCAACGUCUAUCCGUCAUCAAUUUUAUCCCAAAACUCAUCGAAACGAUUCGCGACAUCCCAGUAUACAAAUGUGAAAGCAAUCCGUGUCUCCUAAUCUGGCGUAUGUGUCUGGCAAAAGACUUUUGCGAAGUCAUGGAACGAAUUCUGCUCAAAUUGGUGGACGAGCAUCGACGGCUCGCCAUCGAGCAACAGUUUUUGGAUCAAACUGGUAUCCGGAUUGCGAUGCGAAUCUUCCCAAAAUUCUGGACGACCUAUUUUUCUUGUUCUCAGUCCCAUACAAAACGCAUGCGGGUGAUGAAGACAUGA